AUGGCGACCGAAGCCGAGGAAGAUGUGAAAGCCGAGCUCUUUAACCUACUAUCAACUGACAAAGAUUUGAUUUCCAAAGUCACACAAGCUUUAUCGAGUACUAUAGUUAAUCUUGUCAUCAAAUCUAACAAUUUCUUGGUUGCCACUUGUUUGCCGACAAAUGCGUGCAUGACGAAGGCAUAAUAUUUGCAGUGGCCGAGAAGCUCGAAAUAUCUUGCAAACAAGAGGUGUUCAAUGGUCUAUCCCAUGAGCAGCUAGACCUAAAGCAAAAACAACAAGAGUUAACUGGGAAAGUUCAACAACUUGAGACUGAAAUGGAGUCAAACAAAUUAAAGUUUAUGGAUGAGGUUGACAAUAUUAACCAAUAUGGCCACCGAAACUGCCUUCUUGUUCAUGGAGUUACCGAAGCACCUCAGGAAAAUACAGACGAUACUGUGAUUGAUAUUUUUAAAUCAAAGUUAAAUGUGGACAUUACCAAACAAGACCUUGACAGAUCACAUAGAUUAAGAUCGAGAAGGCAGAAUUUCAAUCGCCCAAGGCCAAUAAUUAUCAAAUUCUGCAGUUACAACAGGCGGGCUGAAAUUUUCAGAAUAAAACGUCACUUAAAGAAUACUGGUAUAACAAUCUCAGAAAGCUUGAUCGCACAUAGACAACAUCUCAUGUAUUCAUGA